GCAAACAUUCAGCAGACAAGGGCUUGUCAGUCCUGUAUUUUUCAGAGGAAAUAAAUCAAAACGUUAUGGUCUAACACAUGGGUUCUAGGCUGAUCAUCUUUGUGCUUGCAGGAGCACUGAUGAGUGUUGCGUCUGCACAGACGUAUCACUACUACUUGGUAAACAUGACCAAGAACUGGACUGAAGCUCAGAGCUUCUGUAGACUGACUUUCGUUGACCUGGCCACCUUACAACGUUCAGCGGAUGUCAAUGCCGUUAACAGCUUAACAUCAGACUACACAGGCAAGGCUUGGAUUGGUCUCCACGAUGACGUUCUAAACAGUUGGAGAUGGUCACUGAGUGACGGCACGUUCUACGGUGAAGGCGAGAUGGAGUUUAGAAACUGGCGUUAUGGUCAGCCCAGCAAUCAUAGUGAAGAGCGCUGUGUGGUGCUUUUUGGUAAUUACUCUGGCACAUGGGGAGACGACUUUUGUCAUGAGCAGCAUCGAUUUGUGUGCUACAAUGGUUUAGUAAAUGGCACUGUGUCCUUAGUAAUGGUGAAUAGAACUCUGUCUUGGUAUGGUGCCCAGAAUUACUGCAGGGUGAAUUAUAUCGAUCUAGUCAGUAUAAGAAACCAGACAGAAAAUGACCUCGUUACACACAUUAGUGGUGAGGAUGUCUGGAUUGGUCUGUACCGAAAAAAAGUGUGGUCAGAUGGCUCAGUCUCCUUAUUUCGGAACUGGGCCAGUGGGGAACCAAACCCUGCAGGCAAGGAAUGCAUCACCACAUUAUUAGGAAGGUGGUCAGAAGAUAGCUGCUCUGGCAGAUACCCAUUCAUCUGUUACACACCAAUUCAGAACUUUACAUCAAUAGCACAAAGUGAGACCCAUGUAAAUCUACAGUGGUAUAAAGUCGACGUUAAUGACUUCUUCUUGCUGCUGUUUAACGGUACACUGGCAAACAUCAGUGCAUCAGUUGGAAAUGGAACAGUAACUCACACUGUGUCAUCUCUCACUCCUGCAUCUCAAUACUCAUUCACACUCUUCAUUUCAUAUAAUGGGUUUGUCAGCAGUGGAGCAAGCAUCACAGCAGUCACUGCUCCACAGAACUCUGAUAGCUUCACAUCAACAGCACAAAAUGAGACCAGUAUCACUCUGCAGUGGAAUGGAAUCAACAACAGAAUUUACUUCACACUGUACAUUGAUCAUAUACAAGGAACCACUGUUGGAGCAGAUGGAGGUGGAACAAUAACUCACACAGUGUCAUCUCUCACUCCUGGAUCUAAAUACACGUUCAGUCUCUUCUCUGUGUUUGAGAACGUCAGAAGCAGUGGAAUAAGUAUCACAGCAGUCACUGCCCCUAGGAAUGCACUAAACCUAAGAACAACAGGACAAGAUGAGACCAGUAUCACUCUGCAGUGGAAUAAAAUCAACAACAACACCAGCUUCAUUCUCCAGUUUGAUGGUACACAGACAAACAUCAGUGCACCAGUUGGAGGUGGAACAGUAACUCACACAGUGUCAUCUCUCACUGCUGGAUCUAAAUACACAUUCACUCUCUUCUCUGUGUUUGAGAACGUCAGAAGUAGUGGAAUAAGCAUCACCACAGUUACAGCUCCUCAGAAUGCAGUAAACCUAACAACAACAGGACAAGAUGAGACCAGUAUCACUUUACAGUGGAAUAAAGUCAACAUCAACACCAGCUUCAUUCUCCAGUUUGAUGGUACACAGACAAACAUCAGUGCACCAGUUGGAGGUGGAGCAGUAACUCACACAGUGUCAUCUCUCAGUGCUGGAUCUAAAUACACAUUCACUCUCUUCUCUGUGUUUGAAAACAUCCAAAGCAGUGGAAUAAGCAUCACAGCAGUUACUGCCCCUAGGAAUGCAGUAAACCUAACAACAACGGGACAAAAUGAGACCAGUAUCACUCUACAGUGGAAUACAGUCAACAUCAACACCAGCUUCAUUCUCCAGUUUGAUGGUACACAGGCAAUCAUCAGUGCACCAGUUGGAGGUGGAGCAGUAACUCACACAGUGUCAUCUCUCACUGCUGCAUCUAAAUACACAUUCACUCUCUUCUCUGUGUUUGAGAACGUCAGAAGCAGUGGAAUAAGUAUCACAGCAGUCACUGCCCCUAGGAAUGGACAAAACCUAAGAACAGCAGGACAAGAUGAGACCAGUAUCACUUUACAGUGGAAUAAAGUCAACAUCAACACCAGCUUCAUUCUCCAGUUUGAUGGUACACAGACAAACAUCAGUGCACCAGUUGGAGGUGGAACAGUAACUCACACAGUGUCAUCUCUCACUGCUGGAUCUAAAUACACAUUCACUCUCUUCUCUGUGUUUGAGAACGUCAGAAGUAGUGGAAUAAGCAUCACCACAGUUACAGCUCCUCAGAAUGCAGUAAACCUAACAACAACAGGACAAGAUGAGACCAGUAUCACUUUACAGUGGAAUAAAGUCAACAUCAACACCAGCUUCAUUCUCCAGUUUGAUGGUACACAGACAAACAUCAGUGCACCAGUUGGAGGUGGAGCAGUAACUCACACAGUGUCAUCUCUCAGUGCUGGAUCUAAAUACACAUUCACUCUCUUCUCUGUGUUUGAAAACAUCCAAAGCAGUGGAAUAAGCAUCACAGCAGUUACUGCCCCUAGGAAUGCAGUAAACCUAACAACAACGGGACAAAAUGAGACCAGUAUCACUCUACAGUGGAAUACAGUCAACAUCAACACCAGCUUCAUUCUCCAGUUUGAUGGUACACAGGCAAUCAUCAGUGCACCAGUUGGAGGUGGAGCAGUAACUCACACAGUGUCAUCUCUCACUGCUGCAUCUAAAUACACAUUCACUCUCUUCUCUGUGUUUGAGAACGUCAGAAGCAGUGGAAUAAGUAUCACAGCAGUCACUGCCCCUAGGAAUGGACAAAACCUAAGAACAGCAGGACAAGAUGAGACCAGUAUCACUUUACAGUGGAAUAAAGUCAACAUCAACACCAGCUUCAUUCUCCAGUUUGAUGGUACACAGACAAACAUCAGUGCACCAGUUGGAGGUGGAACAGUAACUCACACAGUGUCAUCUCUCGCUGCUGCAUCCAAAUACACAUUCACUCUCUUCUCUGUGUUUGAGAACGUCAGAAGCAGUGGAAUAAGCAUCACCGCAGUUACUGCUCCUCAGAAUGCAGUAAACCUAACAACAACAGGACAAGAUGAGACCACUAUCACUCUACAGUGGAAUAAAGUCAACAUCAACACCAGCUUCAUUCUCCAGUUUGAUGGUACACAGACAAACAUCAGUGCACCAGUUGGAGGUGGAGCAGUAACUCACACAAUGUCAUCUCUCACUGCUGGAUCUAAAUACACAUUCACUCUCUUCUCGUUGUUUGAGAACAUCCGAAGCAGUGGAAUAAGCAUCACAGCAGUCACUGCCCCUAGGAAUGCAGUUAAUCUAACAACAACAAGACAAAAUGAGACCAGCAUCACUCUACAGUGGAAUAAAGUCAACAUCAACACCAGCUUCAUUCUCCAGUUUGAUGGUACACAGACAAUCAUCAGUGCACCAGUUGGAGGUGGAACAAUAACUCACACAGUGUCAUCUCUCACUGCUGCAUCUAAAUACACAUUCACUCUCUUCUCUGUGUUUGAGAAUGUCAGAAGCAGUGGAAUAAGUGUCACAGCAGUCACUGCCCCUAGGAAUGGACAAAACCUAAGAACAACAGGACAAGAUGAGACCAGUAUCACUUUGCAGUGGAAUAAAAUCAACAACAACACCAGCUUCAUUCUCCAGUUUGAUGGUACACAGACAAACAUCAGUGCACCAGCUGGAGGUGGAGCAGUAACUCACACAGUGUCAUUUCUUACUGCUAGAACUAAAUACACAUUCACUCUCUUCUCGCUGUUUGAGAACAUCCGAAGCAGUGGAAUAAGCAUCACAGCAGUUACUGCUCCUCUGAAUGCAGUAAACCUAACAACAACAGGACAAGAUGAGACCAGUAUCACUUUACAGUGGAAUAAAGUCGGCAUUAACAACAGCUUCAUUCUCCAGUUUGAUGGUACACAGACAAACAUCAGUGCACCAGUUGGAGGUGGAGCAGUAACUCACACAGUGUCAUCUCUCACUGCUGCAUCUAAAUACACAUUCACUCUCUUCUCUGUGUUUGAGAACGUCAGAAGUAGUGGAAUAAGCAUCACCACAGUUACAGCUCCUCAGAAUGCAGUAAACCUAACAACAACAGGACAAGAUGAGACCAGUAUCACUUUACAGUGGAAUAAAGUCAACAUGAACACCAGCUUCAGUCUCCAGUUUGAUGGUACACAGGCAAUCAUCAGUGCACCAGUUGGAGGUGGAGCAGUAACUCACACAGUGUCAUCUCUCACUGCUGCAUCUAAAUACACAUUCACUCUCUUCUCUGUGUUUGAGAACGUCAGAAGUAGUGGAAUAAGCAUCACAGCAGUCACUGCUCCUCAGAAUGCAGUAAACCUAACAACAAAAGGACAAGAUGAGACCAGUAUCACUCUACAGUGGAAUAAAGUCAACAUCAACACCAGCUUCAUUCUCCAGUUUGAUGGUACACAGACAAACAUCAGUGCACCAGUUGGAGGUGGAGCAGUAACUUAUACAGUGUCAUCUCUCACUGCUGCAUCUAAAUACAUAUUCACUCUCUUCUCUGUGUUUGAGAACGUCAGAAGCAGUGGAAUAAGCAUCACAGCAGUUACUGCUCCUCAGAAUGCAGUAAACCUAACAACAACAGGACAAGAUGAGACCAGUAUCACUUUACAGUGGAAUAAAGUCAACAUGAACACCAGCUUCAUUCUCCAGUUUGAUGGUACACAGACAAACAUCAGUGCAACAGUUGGAGGUGGAGCAGUAACUCAUACAGUGUCAUCUCUCACUGCUGCAUCUAAAUACACAUUCACUCUCUUCUCUGUGUUUGAGAACGUCAGAAGCAGUGGAAUAAGCAUCACCACAGUUACAGCUCCUCAGAAUGCAGUAAACCUAACAACAGCAGGACAAGAUGAGACCAGUAUCACUCUACAAUGGAAUAAAGUCAACAUCAACACCAGCUUCAUUCUCCAGUUUGAUGGUACACAGACAAACAUCAGUGCCCCAGUUGGAGGUGGAGCAGUAACUCACACAGUGUCAUCUCUCACUGCUGCAUUUAAAUACACAUUCACUCUCUUCUCUGUGUUUGAGAACAUCAGAAGCAGUGGAAUAAGCAUCACAGCAGUUACUGCUCCUCAGAAUGCAGUAAACCUAACAACAACAGGACAAGAUGAGACCAGUAUCACUCUACAGUGGAAUAAAGUCAACAUCAACACCAGCUUCAUUCUCCAGUUUGAUGGUACACAGACAAACAUCAGUGCACCAGUUGGAGGUGGAGCAGUAACUCACACAGUGGCAUCUCUCACUGCUGCAUCUAAAUACACAUUCACUCUCUUCUCUGUGUUUGAGAACAUCAGAAGCAGUGGAAUAAGCAUCAUCGCAGUUACUGCUCCUCAGAAUGCAGUAAACCUAACAACAAAAGGACAAGAUGAGACCAGUAUCACUCUACAGUGGAAUAAAGUCAACAUCAACACCAGCUUCAUUCUCCAGUUUGAUGGUACACAGACAAACAUCAGUGCACCAGUUGGAGGUGGAGCAGUAACUCAUACAGUGUCAUCUCUCACUGCUGCAUCUAAGUACAUAUUCACUCUCUUCUCUGUGUUUGAGAACGUCAGAAGCAGUGGAAUAAGCAUCACAGCAGUUACUGCUCCUCAGAAUGCAGUAAACCUAACAACAACAGGACAAGAUGAGACCAGUAUCACUUUACAGUGGAAUAAAGUCAACAUGAACACCAGCUUCAUUCUCCAGUUUGAUGGUACACAGACAAACAUCAGUGCAACAGUUGGAGGUGGAGCAGUAACUCAUACAGUGUCAUCUCUCACUGCUGCAUCUAAAUACACAUUCACUCUCUUCUCUGUGUUUGAGAACGUCAGAAGCAGUGGAAUAAGCAUCACCACAGUUACAGCUCCUCAGAAUGCAGUAAACCUAACAACAGCAGGACAAGAUGAGACCAGUAUCACUCUACAGUGGAAUAAAGUCAACAUCAACACCAGCUUCAUUCUCCAGUUUGAUGGUACACAGACAAACAUCAGUGCCCCAGUUGGAGGUGGAGCAGUAACUCACACAGUGUCAUCUCUCACUGCUGCAUUUAAAUACACAUUCACUCUCUUCUCUUUGUUUGAGAACAUCAGAAGCAGUGGAAUAAGCAUCACAGCAGUUACUGCUCCUCAGAAUGCAGUAAACCUAACAACAACAGGACAAGAUGAGACCAGUAUCACUCUACAGUGGAAUAAAGUCAACAUCAACACCAGCUUCAUUCUCCAGUUUGAUGGUACACAGACAAACAUCAGUGCACCAGUUGGAGGUGGAGCAGUAACUCACACAGUGUCAUCUCUCACUGCUGGAUCUAAAUACACAUUCACUCUCUUCUCUGUGUUUGAGAACAUCAGAAGCAGUGGAAUAAGCAUCACAGCAGUUACUGCCCCUAGGAAUGCAGUUAAUCUAACAACAACAGGACAAGAUGAGACCAGUAUCACUCUACAGUGGAAUAAAGUCAACAUCAACACCAGCUUCAUUCUCCAGUUUGAUGGUACACAGACAAACAUCAGUGCACCAGUUGGAGGUGGAGCAGUAACUCACACAGUGGCAUCUCUCACUGCUGCAUCUAAAUACACAUUCACUCUCUUCUCUGUGUUUGAGAACAUCAGAAGCAGUGGAAUAAGCAUCAUCGCAGUUACUGCUCCUCAGAAUGCAGUAAACCUAACAACAAAAGGACAAGAUGAGACCAGUAUCACUCUACAGUGGAAUAAAGUCAACAUCAACACCAGCUUCAUUCUCCAGUUUGAUGGUACACAGACAAACAUCAGUGCACCAGUUGGAGGUGGAGCAGUAACUCAUACAGUGUCAUCUCUCACUGCUGGAUCUAAAUACACAUUCACUCUCUUCUCUGUGUUUGAGAACGUCAGAAGCAGUGGAAUAAGCAUCACAGCAGUUACUGUCCCCAACAUUCCAGUAAACCUAAGAGCAACAGAACUAUUCGAAACCGCUAUCGUUUUGCAGUGGAAUAAAGUGGAUAACAACACCAGCUUCAUUCUAAAGUUUGAUGGUACACAGACAAACAUCAGUGCACCAGUUGGAGGUGGAGCAGUAACUCACACAGUGUCAUCUCUCACUGCUGCAUCUAAAUACACAUUCGCUCUCUUCUCUGUGUUUGAAAACAUCAGAAGCAGUGGAAUAAGCAUCACAGCAGUUACUGCUCCUCAGAAUGCAGUAAACCUAACAACAGCAGGACAAGAUGAGACCAGUAUCACUCUACAGUGGAAUAAAGUCAACAUCAACACCAGCUUCAUUCUCCAGUUUGAUGGUACACAGACAAACAUCAGUGCCCCAGUUGGAGGUGGAGCAGUAACUCACACAGUGUCAUCUCUCACUGCUGGAUCUAAAUACACAUUCACUCUCUUCUCUGUGUUUGAGAACGUCAGAAGCAGUGGAAUAAGCAUCACAGCAGUCACUGCUCCUCAGAAUGCGGUAAACCUAACAACAAAAGGACAAGAUGAGACCAGUAUCACUUUACAGUGGAAUAAAGUCAGCAUGAACACCAGCUUCAUUCUCCAGUUUGAUGGUACACAGACAAACAUCAGUGCACCAGUUGGAGGUGGAGCAGUAACUCACACAGUGUCAUCUCUCACUGCUGGAUCUAAAUACACAUUCACUCUCUUCUCUGUGUUUGAAAACAUCAGAAGCAGUGGAAUAAGCAUCACAGCAGUUACUGUCCCCAGCAUUCCAGUAAACCUAAGAGCUACAGAACGAUUCGAAACAGCUAUCAUUUUGCAGUGGAAUAAAGUGGAUAACAACACCAGCUUCAUUCUAAAGUUUGAUGGUACAGAGACAAACAUCAGUGCACCAGUUGGAGUUGGAGCAGUAACUCACACAGUGUCAUCUCUCACUGCUGGAUCUAAAUACACAUUCACUCUCUUCUCUGUGUUUGAGAACAUCAGAAGCAGUGGAAUAAGCAUCACAGCAGUUACUGCUCCUCAGAAUGCAGUAAACCUAACAACAACAGGACAAGAUGAGACCAGUAUCACUUUACAGUGGAAUAAAGUCAACAUCAACACCAGCUUCAUUCUCCAGUUUGAUGGUACACAGACAAACAUCAGUGCACCAUUUGGAGGUGGAGCAGUAACUCACACAGUGACAUCUCUCACUGCUGCAUCUAAAUACACAUUCGCUCUCUUCUCUGUGUUUGAAAACGUCAGAAGCAGUGGAAUAAGCAUCACAGCAGUUACUGCUCCUCUGAAUGCAGUAAACCUAACAACAGCAGGGCAAGAUGAGACCAGUAUCACUUUACAGUGGAAUAAAGUCAACAUCAACACCAGCUUCAUUCUCCAGUUUGAUGGUACACAGACAAUCAUCAGUGCACCAGUUGGAGGUGGAGCAGUAACUCACACAGUGUCACCUCUCACUGCUGGAUCUAAAUACACAUUCACUCUCUUCUCUGUGUUUGAGAACGUCAGAAGUAGUGGAAUAAGCAUCACAGCAGUCACUGUCCCCAACAUUCCAGUAAACCUAAGAGCAACAGAACUAUUCGAAACCGCUAUCAUUUUGCAGUGGAAUAAAGUGGAUAACAACACCAGCUUCAUUCUAAAGUUUGAUGGUACACAGACAAACAUCAGUGCACCAAUUGGAGGUGGAGCAGUAACUCACACAGUGUCAUCUCUCACUGCUGCAUCUAAAUACACAUUCACUCUCUUCUCUGUAUUUGAGAACGUCAGAAGCAGUGGAAUAAGCAUCACAGCAGUUACUGUUCCUCCACAUCCUCAAGGCUUUAGAUACACAGCAAAUGAGACCAGUAUCACUCUGCAGUGGAACAAAAUCAACAAUAACAUCAGCUUCAUUCUCCAGUUUAAUGGUACAGAGACAGCCUUCAGUGCACCAGUCGGAGACGGAGCAGUAACUCACACCAUCUCAUCUCUCACUCCUGGAUCUCCGUACAUUUUCAUUCUCUUCUCUGUGUUUGAGAAUGUCAGAAACAGUGGAAUAACCAUGGUAGCUUUCACUGGUCCAGAUUAUGUUGUUGGACUGAAUAUCAGACUAGAGUCCACUGAGGUGCUUUCUGAGUUAGAGAUGACGAGUCUGAUGGAGGAGGUAUUCAGACAAUUUGGAAUACCAAUAUCUUCUUCAGUGAGGAUUUUGUCUGUUGAACCUGAGACAUGAGACUGAAGGACUGAGGUGGUGGAAUAUGUUUUUCUCAUAUGUUUAGUCACUCUCCUUAAACCAACUGCUCACAAUACAACAAUGCACUGAUGUCACAUAAUCCUUUGAAGCUUUAUUUUUAUAGCUGUUUAGUUAGCUGACACUGUAAAAGAGACUUAUUAGACACAUUUCUUUAAUUCUCAUUUCUUACUCAAAAGAUUUCAAAAGACCACUUUACUCAGCAGAGGCAAUACAACUGUCUUCUGAUUUAUCAAGUCAUUGUUAUAUCUAUAUUUCUGGUCAUAUUAUUAAUAAGUGAAUGAACUUGACUUGGAAGUUGUGAUGAUGACUUGUUUGUUAUAAGAUAAGUGCACCUUUAGUUUAUUCUUUACUCAACCUAACUCCUUUCAAAUGGUGCUCAGAGAUAUUUUAUAGUUUGUUGCAUUUCUGACAAUGUAACAGAUAAACUGUUACAUUUUCCUGAAUAUGGGUGUAGGUAUAAAUGUUUCUGCCCUUCUGUCUACCUUUAAGACAAAAAAUAUCAAUAUAAAUGGAUACAAAUUAAAGAUUUACUCUCCCAAAGGCCCCACAGCCCUGUAAAUCCAGUCAAACCCCAUAUCUCAUAAUGUUGAGAGGAAGAAAAAUGUAGUUUUUUUCCUGAUCUCAAAUAAAAUUGUUCAUUUUUGCUGUGGUGAAAAUCUGAUUA